CGCCCGGAAGCGCGCCGAGUCGCGCGGCGCGCUCGCGGAGGAGCUAUUAGUUUAUCGCGGUGCGCGCCUUUAUUGCAUCUUUAACCGAGUUAGCCGGACGAAGGGCGCCGGAAUAUAAUUAUAAUGUACAAGUAAAUAUACUUCGGGCACAACAAUAAGUCACCCCGCGGCGGGAGCAUGCGCGAUAUCGGCUUUUUCUCGGGGUACCCGCCGGUCUGCUCAUCGGAGAUGGAUCUCGCAGAACUUGUUGUGCGCCCGUUCACGGCUGAAGUGAUUAUCAAUGAAGUCGGUGGAACACGCGAGGCAAACGUACACGCCGCGCUGAGCCCGACGCGGCCCUACAGUUGCGACAGGAUCCCUCGUUUCGCGUAAACAGUUCAUUAUGCUAACAGGAGUUCUCAAGGGAACCCUUUUGUGCUGCGAGGAUGAGAACUUCACGUGGACCGGUGUCGCCAAUGGGAACAGAAGCACCCUCCACGAGACCGCGCCUCUGUUAAGAAUCAUUUACAAAAUAAUAAUACCAACGAUAAUAGCCACCGGCCUGUUCGGCAAUGUUUUAAUACUGCUGGUACUGUCUACGCCGACGUUCCGCGGUAUCGCUUAUCUGUAUCUCAAAGGACUAACCCUGGCGCACGUCGGAGUCAUGAUAUCGUGGAUACCGAUAUUUAUCAGACUGGGUCACGGUAUGAAGAACAAUUACCCGUCCGCGUUCUACCACGCGCACAUGGAGCUCGUCGCUGUGAACGUCUUCGCCCUGGCGAGUAUUCUAAUAAUGACCUGCUUGAUCGUGGAUAGAUACAUCUUCAUUUUCUUCCCGGCCCGGAUUCGGAGCAGAAACGCACGCAAAGACGUCCGCUCGUUCGUUCUGUGCUCGUUCAUCAUCGGAUUCGCGAUCAGUGCUCCGCUAACUGGAACGAGAACGGUCCACGAACAGCCGGAUGGCGCCGGUAUUCGGUUCACGUUGCGCGAGAACGUUUCCUUCACGAGGCAUCCUCUGUGGCACGCGUACAUAUGGAUCAUGGAGAUCGUGACUCGGCUUUGCCCGACCAUGAUCCUCCUUCUGCUGAACACCGCGGUCGUCAAGAGAUUCUUGCAUCUGAACAGAAAGAAAAGGGAGUUCCAAUCAGUCUCUGACAAGUACCGCACCGCGAAUCUUCCCGACACAUCGUUGCUGACUCGCAACCGUGGCUACAGAGAGGAACAGCACCUUGCUACACUAAUGUCGGUCAUAGUGACGUGCUUUGUAGUGACUAUGAUACCGUCGAUCGUUCUCCCGUUUUUGUAUGAUAAUUACGAGACCCUGGAUACUGGUUACCAUCUGUUUCGCGCGUUCGCAGCUGUCACGGAGCUUUCAAAUUUCGCUGUUCACGUUUUCAUAUAUUUCUCCUGCAGCAAAGAGUUUCGUGAGGAAUUUUUGAAGAUCAUUCAGAACAAAUGGAGGACCAAUAUGGAGGAUGAGAUUGAACGGCCAGUUGGAGAAAUCGAAGACUAUAGCCGACAUGGUACAACAGUUCGAUUGACGCCUGAACCGACGAAAUUAAAUUCCCCUGGUUCUGCGAGCAGACAUAAUCCUAUCGAAGAAGAUAAAAAUUCGGAACUGUUGAAUGCCUCUGAUAUUGUCUAGUAAUUGUAAUAAUAAAUUCCAAAUAAAACUGUCCAAUUAUUAUAACGACAUCAGUGGUCCAAUGUUAGCAAUGAGGUUCAAUUUCACUCAUUGAGAGGAUGUAAUAUAUAUACUGACAUAAAAGUCUCUCUAUUAUACUUAAUUUUGACUUCCUGAUUUUGUUUUUAAUUUUGGAUACUUUUAUACGGUCUAAAUUAAAAUUGCAUUUCUUAUACCAAGAAUAAUAUCCAUGACAUCAAUCAGAUCCAAGUAUCUCGUUUCGCAUCGCAUUCGCAAUU